CUAAAAUUGAUAGGCAAAUUCAGGAACCAGGGGAAAGAAUAACUAACUGGCAAGCUUGGCACAGAACAAAGCCAAGAAAAGAAAGAUGUGGCGAUGAAAUAAAAUUAAGCAGAACUCAACGUUUGUUUGUUGGUAUACGGCCGACGAACUCUGAACGGAGAAGAUGAAAACGCUUGAGAAUAUGAUGACUAACCACCAAAAUUCAUUGAAAUCACUAUUUCAAAGAAAACGAUCAUCGUCUUCAGUCUCAAUCUCAAAUUCAAAAGAAGGCGAUUCACCUUCUGCGGAUGGCAUUUCCCCCAUUCCUCAGCUCUCUCCUCUCGCCAACUCCGUCGUGGCUCGCUGUUCCAGAGUACUUGGAGUGGCGACGCUAGAAUUACAGCACCAAUUUGACAUAGAACUACCGGAGAGCGUAAAGCAACUCUUCACUUACGCUAGGAACUUCGUGGAGUUCUGCUUCUAUAAAACCCUCAAUUCUAUAUCCUCUGAUCCUAAUUUUUUGAGCGACAAGGAUUUUCGUCGGUUGACCUAUGAUAUGAUGCUCGCUUGGGAAUCUCCUUGCAUUGACAUUAUCCAAUCCCUUCCCAAUGAAGCGCCCUCUCCUAAGAAAGGCGAAGGAGAAGAAAAAAAUGAGGAUGAUGGGGAUGAGGAUGGAGGUUCGCUAUUUUAUUCAAGCCCCACUACUAUGGCUGUCCAGGUUGAUGACACUAAAACUGUUGGCCGGGAGGCUUUUGCACGCAUUGCUCCUGCUUGUGCUGUUGUUGCUGAUGUCAUGACUGCUCACAAUCUUUUUGAUGCCCUCACCACUUCUUCAGCCGGUCGUCUUCAUUUCCUCAUAUUUGAUAAAUACCUUCACACCCUUGACAAGAUUCUAAAGGCUGCAAAAAUUGCACCUGGAUCCUUCUUUCCAAAUCUUCAGCUUGCUGAGGGAGAGAUCAUUCUUGAUGUUGAUGGGACAGUUCCCACACAACCGGUUCUCCAGCAUAUUGGACUCGCAGCAUGGCCGGGCCGCUUAACACUGACUAAUUACGCCCUCUACUUUGAGUCAUUGGGAGUUGGCCUAUAUGAUAAAGCAGUUAGAUAUGAUCUGGCAAUGGAUAUGAAACAAGUCAUAAAGCCUGAACUGACAGGGCCAUUGGGUGCUCGUCUCUUUGAUAAAGCUGUGAUGUACAAGUCCGCAUCUGUAGUGGAGCCUGUUUACUUUGAGUUUCCUGAAUUUAAAGGUAAUUCUCGACGAGAUUAUUGGUUGGAUAUAUGUCUUGAGAUUCUGCAUGCGCACCAGUUUGUUAGAAAAAACAAUUUCACAGAGACUCAGCAACUGGAGCUUCUUGCUAGGGCUAGUCUUGGCAUAUUCCGAUGUCGUGCAGUGAGAGAGGCUUUCCACAUCUUCUCAUCCCAUUACAAAUCCAUCCUUUCUUUUAAAAUGGCUGACAGUCUUCCUAGGGGAGAUAUGAUCCUGGAAACACUAUCAAGUCGCCUAACACUUCUAACUCUAACUGCUUCCCCACGUAAUGUUGAUGGAUCUGUACAUGCAAAACAGCAACGGGUGUGCUCACCAGUUGCACUUCUGACACUUAGCCAACUUGGAUUUACUCUAAAAAAGGAGUUGAAUCUAGAUGUAGAAGCAAUUGCAAUAGGAGAUCUUUGUGCUGGUGAGAUCAGUCCCUUGGAGAUAGCAGUGAAACAGUCGGUGUCAAAGAUUGGAAAAGUUGAAGCUGCACAGGCAACUGUGGACAAAGUCAAGGUUGAAGGGAUUGACACAAAUGUUGCAGUCAUGAAGGAACUGCUUUAUCCAAUUAUUGAAUUAGUUAACCAUCUUCAAGUUCUGGUCUCUUGGGAAGAUCCAUUUAAAUCAGCUUUGUUUAUGGUGUUAUGCUGCUAUGCCAUCUCAAGGGGUUGGACUAGGUACUUCUUGCCAUCCCUAUGCAUAUGCUCUGCAGUUUUCAUGUUAUGGCGUAGGCAUUUCAACAAAAAGAAACCCUUGGAGGCUUUCAGGGUUACAGCUCCUCCAAAUAAAAACGCUGUAGAGCAGCUGCUGACUUUGCAAGAAGCUAUCUCGCAAGUUGAAGCACUGAUUCAGACGGCUAAUAUUAUCCUCCUGAAGAUUAGAGCUCUUUUGUUUUCUGUUCUUCCACAGGCAACCGAAACAGUUGCUCUCAUGUUGGCUGUCAUGGCUGUUUUGAUAGCUUUUGUGCCGUUGAGGCAGUUGAUUCUGCUGGUAUUUUUAGAGGCAUUCACACGUGAGAUGCCUUAUAGGAAAGAAAACAGCGAUAGGUUGCGUAGACGGUUAAGAGAAUGGUGGAUUAGGAUACCGGCAGCUCCAGUUCAGCUCAUUAAACUUGACGACAGCAAGAAAAAGAAGUGAAUACUGGUGUUGGAUAAGAACUGCAUUCUUCUCUAAAUUGCAGAAGCGGAAAAGAUGAGCUUAUGCAAUGUACAAAAAGCAAUAUAAUUUUUCAUUCGCUUUAAAUUGAUUUCAAGGAAAAUUGAUAAAAUUUUGAUCCUGAAAACACGGUUAUGGAGAACUAGAUUGAAUAGCGAAUUUCAUUUAUGCAUCUCUAUUACUUGUACAUGCAAAAUGAAUAGUUUAGAAAGAGAGUUUGAGUAUCAGGAAAUAUGGGUUAACUAAUAAGCUUUGAUAAUCUUAUGAAGUCUCUGUAAAUAAUUCUUGUGCUUAUGAAUUAACUAGCUUUGAUUA